AUGGAUGGCGAACUUAGGUCAGAUGACGCGGCGACUCAGUCGGAGGAGGUGGUGGUGGUGGCUGAUGAUGUUGUCGCCGCGUCGACCUUGUCAGAAGUUGUGGUGGCUGAUGAUGAUGCCACCCCAAUCCCACCAAAAGUCUUCAUCCAUCGCGAGCUCGGAUCACUUGACACAGCGGCGACUCUGGCGGAAGUGGUGGUGGCCGAUGAUGAUGCAAUCGCCGACGGUCAUCCUCACUCUCGUAACCAUCAAAUUCCAUCAACACUGGACACCAAGCUGGAGCAAUGA